AGAAGAAGCAACAUCUUGCGCUUUUUUUCCUUUCUAGUUACUCCGGCCAUUUUCUGCGAGGCACUCAAGAUGGGGAGGAACUUUCUCUGUUUAUUUUUCGCGACCUUCUUAGCCUUCUCUGUCCAAGGCCUGGGAAUCGAAUCCCCUCAGUUUACCCUCAUCCACUCGGAGUCUGAAUUCGAAAUCAGAUUGUACAGGGAAUCUUCAUGGAUGUCUGCGUUAGUCCAAGAUAUAUCCUUCGAGAAGUCCACAAGGGGCGGUUUCCACAGGUUGUUUCAGUAUAUUCAAGGUGCUAACCUGAAUUUCUCACGGAUCCCCAUGACUGCUCCAGUACUUACCAGCAUUGUACCUGGAUCUGGACCACUGUAUUCCUCUGGGUACAUCGUGAGAUUUUACCUGCCCACGAAAUUUCAGGAAACUCCACCACUCCCACUUCCAGAACUGGACUUGCAAGAAGAGAAAUGGGAGGGCCGGUGCGUUGCAGUAAGGAAAUUCUCUGGGUUUGCUCGUGACAGUAAUAUCGUGAAGGAGGCACAGAGCUUGGCAACAAGCCUUGGACGAUCUCCAUGGGCAAAUUCAACUACUUUUGAUGAAGACAAAUAUGCCUACUCGAUUGCACAGUACAAUAGCCCAUUCAGGUUUAUUGGACGCACCAAUGAGGUGUGGGUGGAUGUGGUUGGGCCGCAAGGAGGUUGCCCCACUGCUUCUAGUUUAAGUUCUUACUAAUAGCUGUUAGCAAUUGGGUCAGUGUCUGGUCUGUUUCUGUGUAAUGCUCACACAUCUAUCGCAGGGGCUGUACAUAAACAAUCUAUAUUACCUGAAUAACGAGUCUUUUAAAGUUUCA